CAUCCAUGGACCGCUGCCGCCGGCCCUUGGGCGGCGGGACCGUGCCGCCGCUGUGAGCCCGGCCGGGGAGCGGCGGAGCCCCGAGCCGCGGGCACCAUGGACAGUAUCCUGGAGCCCUUCGCCGCCGAGCGGCUCUUCCCCGCCGCCGGCCCCGGCUUCCUCGACCUGGGCGACUUCAGCGAGGCGGAUUUCCUCAGCAAUGUGCAUUUCUCUGAGAACCUGGAUCACUUCUCUGACAACAUGGAGGAUUUCUCCAACGACCUCUUCAGCAGUUUCUUCGAUGACCCAGUUCUGGCUGAAAAGAACCCGCUGCUGGACAUGGACCUGGACCCACCCACUCCAGGCAUCCAGGCAGAGCACAGCUACUCCCUCAGUGGAGACUCUGCUCCCCAGAGCCCCCUUAUGCCUGUCAAGACUGAAGAUAAUGCUAACGAGCUGGAGAAUGGAGUGUGGGCUCUGGGGCCCAAGCUCUGCUCCAUCAUGGUGAAGCAGGAACAGAACCUGGCUCUAGACCCGCCUGAGUCCCAGCUGGCUGCCAGCUCCAGACCGGUGCUGAACCUCAACCCUCUGCAGAGACUGCCAGUCCCCGAGGAGACUCCCAUUGAAAUGACUCCAGCACCUGUGAUCAAAGCUGAACCCAAAGAAGUGAACCAGUUUCUAAAUGUACCUGCAGUAGAUGACCUGGUGCAGAUGCCUCCAACUCCGCCCAGCAGCCAUGGCAGUGACAGUGACGGGUCCCAGAGCCCUCGGUCCCUGCCUCCCUCCAGCCCAGCCCGACCUGCUGCUCGCUCUUCUACUGCCAUCUCCUCCUCACCUCUCCUCACAGCUCCACACAAAUUACAAGGGACCUCUGGCCCGCUGCUCCUGACUGAAGAGGAGAAACGCACCUUGGUUGCUGAGGGCUACCCCAUUCCUACCAAGCUGCCCCUCACCAAAGCAGAGGAGAAAGCACUGAAGAGGGUCAGGAGGAAAAUAAAGAACAAGAUCUCUGCUCAGGAGAGUCGCAGAAAGAAGAAGGAAUAUGUGGAAUGUCUAGAGAAAAAGGUUGAGACAUACACGACAGAAAAUAAUGAACUCUGGAAAAAAGUGGAGACCUUAGAAAGUGCAAACAGGACUCUGCUCCAGCAGUUACAGAAGCUGCAGGCUCUGGUAGCUGGGAAAGUCUCCAGACCUUACAAAAUGGCUUCCACACAGACUGGGACCUGCUUAAUGGUGCUGGUGCUCUGCUUCGUUCUCAUCCUGGGAUCCCUGAUGCCCUGUCUCCCAGAGUUCUCUACAUCAUCACAGACAGUGAAAGCAACACCAGCGCCAGACAUUUACACAACUAGUAAGAUUCAGUCACGGAGCCUCUUGUUCUAUGAUGAGGGUGCUGGCUCCUUAGAAGAGAGCUAUAGCUCCUUCCUAACCAUGGACCAUCCUGAGGGGUGGGAGGCUGAAAAAGGGCAGUCUGACGAGCCAAGGCCUCAUCUGGCAAGGACACAUGAGACAGCCAAAUAUAUGAGCAAAUCCCAUCUGGAGAAUCCUGACCAGAACCAAACCGACCCAACUCUAACCCACUUCAAAGAGCAAUUUCAUGAGAGGGAAACAAGCUCCAGUGAGACAGCUGAAUACUUGUAGCAGCUGCUGGACCUCAAGGCCUCAUCUGUCUGAUUGCAGGAUUCCCUCCUCACUGAGCAACUGAGGGGACUCGGCAGGAGAGGAUGCUGCAUUCAGACACUCCUAAACUGGCCUUGAGUUCAGCUCCUUCCCAUCCCCGUGCCCCCCUUUGGUACUGAUUCUUUUGAGAGGAGUCACAGGACUGCCAGAACCAGUAAUAAACAUCUGACGAAGUCCUGAGACAUCCUCUUCCCUGGCCUUAUCUCCUGCUUGAAUGAGCACUACCCUGUGGGUGUGGGCUCACUACAGAAUGGAGGGAGGUCAAGAGGAGGCCCUCAAACUGUUCAGCUCACUCCCCAAAGCCUCCGUGGGUGGCUGUCCCUAGGCACGUACCCCUUGCCUACAUCAGAUGCACAUGAAAGAGAGAGUUUUACUGUUCCACCUAAGGGACUUAGCAGUGGGUGAUACUGGGGCUGGAGAGAUGACUCUGGAGAGUUUGAGCUCAUUCCUUCCCUUCUAUCUGUUAGUAUACUUAUGCCUCCAUCAAGAGAAAAAACUAGUUCUUCCUUGCUCUAGUUUUCUCUUGUUGGAUGUGCCUACAUAACUUCCACACCAACUAUCUGCAUAGAUCUGCACACAAACGGAGUGGGGGAGACAGAUCCCAAACCAAGAUAAACCACCAUGAAAAUUAACUGGCAGCUUCUGGUCAGCCAGAGCUCUAAAACAGGGAGAAGUUUCUCCCCAUAGCCCAAUUCUCCCCACCCUCAGCAUCUCCGCUUUGGCAGAGGUGCUUUUAUUCCUUUUUGUUCCCAGCUUGGGCCCUACAGCGUGGUGCUAAUCAGGUCAGUGCUUUCCCACUUCCCAUUCUACACAUCCCCUGCAAUGAGAGUGAGAGAAUUCCACUUCCAUCACCCUAUCACAGCUGCCCAUCCCCAGUUCUGUUUCAUGCCAAAUGGGAUCUUGCUAAGAGCUAUGAAGAAGAAGGAACUCUGCAACCUGAAGAAGAGCUACCAGAGAGCCAUAUUUCCCCUCACAUCCUGAUGUCACCGUUGGCAUCUAGUAGUGUUGUGAACACCACUGAGGACAUGCUGGCAUCUCAGGAGACAAUUCCUUAUGCCAGGAAAGAGAUAGCAUGUUUGAAUUGGCCAAAGUCACCAAAGACUAUUUUAGAUCUCCUCCUUCUAAGUGCUAGCACCAAAGGUAGCAGCCUCUCCCAUACCACUAAUCAGGCCAGACUUUCCAAGCUUGGUGCAUAUAACAUGAUAAUGUGAUAGAAUGUACUACAAUAUAGGACAGCAAAGUCUUCGGCUGCAGCAGAUGAGGACAAACCCAAACACAGCAGCUGUAGCUGCAGAUAUGAAGGAGAAAGGGGGAAAAAAAAACUUCCUACCUUUGGAGAGCCUCCAGCAGUCAGGAAUCUCUAUCAAGACUCCCUCACCUCCACUGCCAGCCCUUAAAUGAGGUCUGGGAAGGGGUGGAUCCUGGUUCCACCCCUCCCAGUCACUCAGGAGCAUUGCAUGCAGCUGAGCUCCCCUGGGUUGGCUCUGAUUUCCUUCCAGGUGCUCAAUCAAUGCUUCAGGCCCUGAUUUAGCACGUCCACUGCAAUGCUGAAAUGACUUCAUCUCAAAAGUGUUCCGUUCUCUUUAGUAUCCAAACAUCCACUUCUGACCCUUUUCCUGCCCCAGUAUCUUCUCACUGUACCUUCAGCUGUCCUUUGCUAGAAGGACAAUGUGGGACUUUAAUUUCUAAGAUCUGGGAUGCAGCAGAUUGCACAUGAGAGUCUCUGUGUGCUCCACUAGGUCUCACAGCAGAGAGCCUUGAAGCUUGCUUUGCUUCAAGUGCCCUGCACUCAGAUUAUGCUGCUCCAGCCCCUCCACCAGGCUCACCUCCCUGCUCAAGAACUGGAAGAAUUGAGAGAAUGGCUCUCACACCCCUCUUUUGGAAACUGUUUUUGCCCCGGAAGCCACUUAGGACAAAUUUGGGUACAGCUAGCUGCAACCACACAUGCUUGGCCAGUGGGGUGAGGAGGAAGAAGGCCUUCAGCACAGCUCUUCUCAAGGUUCGCACAGGAUCUGCUUCUCACCAGAUACCAGAGCACUCCCGACCCUCUGCCUCCACCCCAGCACAGAGAACCACUGCCGGGUCCAAGCACACCCUCCUCCACCCCAGCACCUCCACCGUGCAUGUCCCCAUGCCUCCCACUCCCACCGUUGUACAGAGACCAAGAGCAGAACUCGUUUGUACAUAAUGAACCUUAUUUUGUAUUAUUGCCAAUCCCUUAAGAUAUUGUAUUUUGGAGACUCUCAGAUCCUAUUUUCAGUAUUGUAUUUUAUUAAGAAUUAGUGCGGGCUUAGCACCUAUGAACUCCUUUCUUGUUAGCAGCUCACUUUGUCCUUAUACUCCAGUAGCUGCCUCUUCCCUCCUGUUUUUUUGUUUUGUUUUGUCUUGUUUACUAGUUGUUUUUUUUUCAAGCCACCUUUUCUCUUUCUUCCACCCCUUGCUCUGCAUUUGCUUAGACAAGCAAAAUAAAAAUAAAAUAAAAAGAUGCAGCAUCAA